AAACUUCUGAAACCUUGUCUUUUGCAACUGGAUAAUGAAUCGCUAAUGGCUUCUCUUCCCAAUUCUUCUUCCACUGAAACCCUAGAACUUAAUUCACAGGAAAUAUUCACAUCAUCCUAUGAAGCUUUCUCUCAGAUCGCUGCUCGCCCAUCUCAACCCCUUGCUUUCAAGCUUCUCUCUCAACAAUCUUCCUUAAAACCCUUCCCUCAAAAUUUCCCUUCAUCAAAACGAAUUCCUGGUACUACAUUUGUAAUCGAUGGGUUUCGAUCAUCUGGUCCAUUCUCUGUAACCUACUUUUUAUCUCAUUUUCACUCUGACCACUACUGUGGUUUGAGCCCUAACUGGUCUCGAGGCCUCGUGUUUUGCUCUCACAUCACUGCACGCCUCCUUAUUGAAUGUCUCAAUCUCUCUCCUCUCUUUGUCAUCCCCCUAGCCCUAGGUCGCACUGUCGAAAUUGAUGGCUGGGAUGUGACGAUUGUUGAUGCAAACCACUGUCCUGGAGCUGUCCAAUUCUUAUUCAAGAACCUCGAUUGUAAUGGCGUGCUUUCCAGGUAUCUUCACACUGGCGAUAUGAGGCUCUCUAAUUCAAUGAAAUCUGAUCCAAUUCUCAGUGAAUUUAUAGGCUGUGAUGUUGUUUUUCUUGAUACUACUUACUGUAACCCUAGAUUUUGUUUCCCUGCUCAAGACAAGUCUAUUGAUUAUGUAGUGAGAACCAUAGCGAAAAUUAGGAAAGAAAAGGUGGGGUCAGUUCUUUUUGUGGUUUCAACUUAUGUGGUGGGUAAGGAGAAGCUUUUGCUAGAAAUUUCUAGGCAGUGUGGCUGCUUAUUAUAUGUUGAUAGUCGGAAAAUGUCGAUUCUAAAUGCUUUGGAUUUGGGUGAAAGUGAUGCUUUCACUGUUGAUCCUUCCGCAACUGACGUUCAUGUGGUGGGUUGGAAUUUUUUGGGGGAAAUAUGGCCAUAUUUUCGCCCUAAUUUUGGGAAUUUAAAUAAGAUUACGGUCGAAAGGGGGUACCAUAGGGCAGUUGGUUUUGUUCCUACAGGGUGGAUGUAUGAAACAAAGAGGGAUGGGUUUUCAGUUAGGUCAAAGAAUUCAUUUGAGAUUCAUCUUGUUCCAUAUAGUGAGCAUUCGAGCUACAAUGAGCUCAGGGAGUAUGUGGGUUUCCUCAGGCCAAAAAGAGUUGUUCCCACUGUGGGUUUGGAAGAUGGGAAACUUGAUGGUAAGCAGGUGAGUGAGAUGCAGAAGCACUUUGCUGGUUUGGUUGAUGAAUUGGCAAACAAGCAAGACUUCUUGAUGGGGUUUAGUAAAAGAUCAUCUUUGCAAAUCAAUGGUGACUCGAAUGGAGAAGUGGGUGAAAAGCUUGAGGCUUCACUUGAGAAAAGAAUCAUAGAAGGAAAGUCUUUGCGAUUACAACCUAGGGUCUUGCCAUUGAUGGCUGUCAAGUCGGCUGAAGGCUCAGCCAUAUAUUUGGAUCUAGAGAAAGAUGUAUCGUUGAAGCCUGUAGUGUUAGACACUAUUGCAAUUACGGAUUCUGAUGCUAUGAAUGAUAUGAACAUGCGCCAAGCUAUAGAAGACCUGCGGUAUUGCCUUCCGAACUGGGUCACUAUGAAUCAGAUGGUGGAGUUAUUAACUUGCUCAGGGGGUGACAUAGUGGAAGCAGCUUCCAAUUUCUUUGAACGUGAAAUUGAGUUUCAUGAACAUGCUCUAUUAGAAGCCAAUCCUUCAGAAAAUAUAUCUAAGGAGGUUGUUGGCAGUCCUCAAAUGAGCUCGAUUCUCAAUUCCACUUCCACUACAGAAGGGGAAUCUUUGAAAGGUUGUGAUCUUGGAACUUCUAAGGGAAGCCUCUUAAAAGUUAAGUCCCUGGCCAACAUAAAUUUUCCCACCAAGAAGAGCUCUACUCCCAAAAGAAGAGGAAUGAAAGCAGAGAACAGGUUGAAGAAGAAAUUAAAAUCGCCCUCAAAUCCAGUAUAUAAUGAUGGGAAACAGUCCACUAUAACCAGAUUCUUUAGUAAAGUUGGCCCAGCUGUUUUACAUAAUUCAGGUUCUGGUGAACCCAUAACUGAACAAUCUCCAAUUGACAUUGGUAUGGUGGUUGAUAAUGUCUACAGAUCAUAUGACUAUGAGAAUGAGUUAUCUCAUUUUCUUGAGAUAAUAGACUGUGCUACAUCUAGGGAAGACGCUGCUGUUUUGGUAGGAAAGUCCAAAGGAGAUAUCAAUCUGGCACUUGAGAUGUAUUAUAGUCAAGCUUCUGUUGAAGAAGGGCGGCUUUUGCCCAGUGCAUCAGCUCAAAUUGGCAGUAGUAAUGUGAACUUUAAUGGUAACGGAAUGUCUGAUAAUGCUUGUCUUAAAACGGUCAGCAUGCCUAGCUUGUCUGCUCAGGGAUUUACCAUGGCAAACCCUGUUGCGAAAUCUGUAUGGCUACCUCUUGAAAAGUAUUCUCCUGUUGAGGAUGCGUGUUGGACUUCUGGGGAACCAGCUCCAUAUUUACAUCUUGCACGGACAUUUUCUUUGCUGGAGACAGAACGGGGAAAGCUAAAAGUCACUGCUAUGCUUUGCAACAUGUUCAGAAGCUUGCUUGCCUUGUCACCCGACGACGUGCUCCAAGCUGUAUAUCUCUGCACCAAUAAGAUUGCUCCUGAUUAUGAAAAUGUGGAACUGAACAUUGGUGGCAGUAUGGUCUCUUCAGCAAUAAAGGAGGCAUGUGGAACAAACAAGGCUAAAAUACAAGAAUUGUACAAUACUUUGGGUGAUUUGGGAGAUGUUGCACAGGCUUGUUGGCAGAGUCAAUCAUUUCUUGCUCUUCCAAGCCCGCUUUCAAUUCGUCAUGUAUUUUAUACACUUCGACAGAUAAGCAAGGAAGCAGGUAUUGGAAGUGCUGAUCGAAGGAAGAAGCUCAUUGUAAAUCUUCUUCAUUCUUGUAGGGAGAAGGAAAUAAAGUUUCUUGUUCGAACUUUGGUGCGGAACAUGCGUAUCGGGGCCUCAAUGCGAACUGUUUUGCCUGCACUUGCGCAAGCUGUGGUGCUGAAUUCCUCACCUCAAGGAGCUUUGGAUGGCCUUAAAUUACAGCUUCAGGGCCUAUCUGCAGCAGUUCUUGAGGUGUAUAAUAUACUGCCCAAUUUGGAUCUACUGGUUCCUGCACUCAUGAGAGAAAGGACUGAGUUUUCUGCAGCGAAUUUGUCUAUGCUCCCCGGCAUACCCAUUAGGCCCAUGCUUUCUAGAAUUACCAAUGGAGUUUCUCAUGCCUUGAAAAAGUUUGAAGGAAGAGCUUUUACAUGUGAAUAUAAAUAUGACGGGCAGCGUGCUCAAAUUCACAAAUUGAUGGAUGGUUCUAUACGUUUAUUUUCACGGAAUGGGGAAGAAACAACGUGCAGAUUUCCAGAUCUGGUGAAGAUAGUCCAAGGAUCAUGUAAACCUACUGCAAUGACUUUUAUAUUGGAUACUGAGGUUGUUGCAGUUGAUCAUAAGAAUGGGAAUAAGAUCCUGCCCUUCCAGCAUUUAUCUUCACGUGAAAGGGGGGGUAAUGAUUCUGUUGUCACACUUGACAGUAUAAAGGUUGACAUUUGUGUCUUUAUCUUUGAUAUAAUGUUUGCAGAUGGAAAACAGUUGUUGAAUUAUCCACUACGUCAAAGGAGACAGUAUGUGAAGGACUUGUUUCACAAUGAAAAUCGUGGUUACUUGGAGUUUGCAAAGGAGUUGACGGUGGAGGGAAAUGAAGCAUGCUUGAGCUCUCUGGCUACAGUGGUUAAGAUGAACUCAUUUCUCGAAGAUGCAUUUAACUCCUCUUGUGAAGGAAUAAUAGUGAAGUCUCUCGAUGUUGAUGCUGAGUAUGCUGCCUCGAAGCGUACUGACACAUGGUUAAAGGUCAAACGAGACUAUGUUGAGGGUUUAAACGACACUCUAGACUUAGUACCUAUUGGGGCCUGGCAUGGGAAUGGAAGAAAAGCAGGAUGGUUCAGCCCUUUCCUCAUGGCAUGCUAUAACCCGGACACAGAAGAAUUCCAAAGUGUGUGUCGUGUCAUGUCUGGAUUUUCAGAUACUUUCUAUAUAGAGAUGGAGGAGUUCUUCUCCGGGGAUAAGAUUCUAGGCAGGAAACCAGCAUACUACCAGACGGCUGACAAGCCUGACUUUUGGUUUUCUACAGAACUUGUGUGGGAAAUAAGAGGUGCAGACUUACUGACUUUAAAUGAAAUAACAUGCAUGGCAGACCUUACGAUAUCUCCAGUUCACCAGGCAGCAUUUGGUUUGGUGCAUCCCUCACGGGGCAUUUCGAUACGAUUUCCAAGAUUCAUACGUACAGUGACCGAUAGGAAACCAGAGGAUUGCACCACUGCUAUGGAUAUUGCUGAUAUGUUCAACAGGCAGACAAGAAAGCUGGAUGUCGACAUUGACGAGUGAGACAGCAAGUUUUAUGUUGAAAAUUUCGAUACGAGAAGGAUUGAGUGGUAUUUUGUUCCCUUUCUGUGUUUAUCUUGAAUGGGUUGUUGAACACCCAGGUGGACUAGACUGAGCUUUUGGGUUCAGCUCCAUUACAGUUGAAGAAGGCCUUGGUGCAUGAUCUCAGUCGUAAGUAACAACUCAUUAGAAUUAGCCAUCAAAGCUUCCUUUCGAAGCUUGUUCUCGGAAGAGAGCAUUUUUUAGGGGCUCUGCUUGGCUCAAUUUUUGACAUUACCAUAAGCAGCCUUUUUAGGUAGUCUUUGGGUCGCUAAGCUGGGAUUUGUACCUAGGUCGAGUGCUGGAACCCUAUACACGAACCUCAAGCUAAGAGGUUGAACCUUGGGUUCAGCUCUUGUGAGGACAAGCCUCAUGGUUUGGAAGAAGCAACGGUUUGUGGAGGGAGUUUGUUUCGAGAGCAUACACUGGUGUUUGAAUCAGCUCGUGCUUCAUAGCGGGCAGUAAGCUUUUGGGAAUGACAAGACUAUUUUGUGGAUAUGUAUAUAUUUGAUAUUGGCAGAUGGGUUUUUUGUUGUGGUUCUUUCGUAGCCUUUAUUUGUGUGCCCCAUGCAUGUACUAAUUUCCAAUGCAUGGCAUUAAACAAUAAAGUGAUGGAAUCCAUAAAAUAUAGAA